GGGGUUUCCUGCUCUCCGGCAUGCCCUGUCCCAGCUCCUGCCCCCCAGGGCUCUUAGCCCUGAUGGCACCUGGGCUGGCCCUCAUGGCCACCUUCUCGCUGCCUUCCCAGGCUGGGGACAGGAGAGCACUGCCGGUGGAGAAACCUCCAGGUGUGAAGGGAAGAACUCUCAUUCUCCUUGAUGUCAACACCAAGAGCCCUGUCAGGAUAAUCAGUGAGAAUUUCCUCUCCCUGCAGCUGGACCCCUCCAUCAUUCAUGAUGGCUGGCUCGAUUUCUUAAGCUCCCGGCGGCUGGUGACCCUGGCGCGGGGCCUGGCCCCCGCCUUCCUGCGCUUCGCGGGCAAGAGGACGGACUUUUUGCAGUUCCACAACGUGAAGAACCCGGCUAAGAGCCGCGGCGGGCCCGGCCCCGACUACUACCUCAAGAACUACGAGGACGACAUUGUUCGCAGCGACAUUGCCCUGGAUAAGCAGAAAGGCUGUAAGAUCGCCCAGCAUCCUGACAUAAUGUUGGAGCUACAGAGGGAAAAGGCAGCUCAGAUGCACUUGGUUUUGUUAAAGGAGCAGUUUUCAAACACAUACAGCAACCUCACACUAACAGCCAGGUCUCUAGACAAACUCUAUAACUUUGCUGACUGCUCUGGCCUUCACCUGAUCUUUGCACUGAAUGCUUUGCGCCGAAAUCCCAACAACUCCUGGAACAGCUCCAAUGCCCUCAGCCUACUGAAGUACAGUGCCAGCAAGAAGUACAACAUCUCCUGGGAGCUGGGCAACGAGCCCAAUAACUAUCGGACACUGAUCGGCCGCUCAGUGAAUGGCAGCCAGCUGGGAAAGGACUACACUCAGCUGAGAAGCCUGCUGCAGCUUAUCCGCACUUAUUCCAGAGCACACCUCUAUGGGCCAAACAUUGGAAGGCCCAGAAAGAAUGUCAUUGCUUUCCUGGAAGGGUUCAUGAAAGUGGCCGGCGGCACGGUGGAUGCUGUUACCUGGCAACAUUACUACAUUGAUGGUCGAGUGGCCAAAGUGACAGACUUCCUGAAGACACGCCUGUUAGACACACUGUCAGACCAGAUCAGGAAAAUCCAGAAGGUAGUGAACACGUACACACCAGGGAAGAAGAUCUGGCUGGAAGGUGUUGGCAUGACCUCAGCUGGAGGCAUGAACAACCUCUCCGAUUCAUACGCAGCCGGGUUCCUGUGGCUGAACACGCUGGGCUUGCUGGCCAGCCAGGGCAUCGACGUGGUGGUGCGCCAUUCCUUCCUCGACCACGGCCACAACCACUUGGUGGACCAGAACUUCAACCCCUUGCCGGACUACUGGCUGUCCCUGCUUUACAAGCGCCUCAUUGGUCCCAAGGUGCUGGCGAUCCACGUGGCCGGUCUCCAGAGGAAACCCCGGCCCGGCAGAGUCAUUCGCGACAAGCUCCGGAUUUAUGCCCACUGCACCAGCUACCACAAUCACAACUAUGUCCGGGGAUCCAUUACCCUUUACAUCAUCAACCUGCAUCGCUCCCGGAAGAAAAUCAAGCUGGCAGGGACGCUGCGGGAUAAGAUUGUCCACCAGUACCUGUUGCAGCCCUAUGGCAAGGACGGGCUCCACUCCAAGUCGGUCCAGCUCAACGGGCAGCCGCUGGCCAUGGUGGAUGACGGGACUCUCCCCGAGCUGAAGCCUCGCCCGCUGCGGGCCGGCCGCACCCUCGUCAUCCCCCCGCUGACUAUGAGCUUCUACGUGGUGAAGAAUGUGAACGCGCUGGCCUGUCGGUACCGAUAGCCUGCGGCCACAAUGGACUGGCCAGCCCCGCUCCUGCCCCUGUGCACUGCCCAGGUCACGCUGCCUCCUUGGCAGCCCACGCAGCCUCGCCGUGGGGCCGUGUUGGGCAGCUCCACGCCAUGCCCUCAUCCUCACCCCCAGGAUGUCCUCCACCUUGGGACCACCCUGCCCUGUGACCGCAGAGCUCCACAUGCCCUGGCCACCAUCCCGCCAGAGCAGAGCCACAGCCAAUUUGCAGGGCCUGCCAUCCUCCGUCCUGUGGGCUGCGAGAAGCACCCGGGCCCUGGUGCCCACUGGCUGCAGGGAGGGCUGGGGUGCUGAGCCCCGGUAUAUCCCGGGACGAACACCUUCCCCGACCCCCUGGUCCCGCUGCCCCUCGGGAUGACCCCUGCAGCAGACGGACCCCCUCCCCGCAGGCGGGCAGUGCUCCGGUGCAGCAAGCGCAUGGAAGCAGCUCCCUCUACUGCCGCCGGGAUGCCGCCAGCCGGCCUGGCCCGCCGGGGAUGCACCGGGCGGGGCGGGGCGGGGGAAGGGAGGGCGCGCCGGGCCCGCCCCGGGCGGGCGAGCUGGAGCUCCGCGGCGGGAAAUGUUGAUAAUUAAAUUAUACAUCCCGGAGCGGAGAGGGGCGGAGCGGCGGGCCGGGAGCGUGUCCUGCCCGGGAGAGUGGCGGUGUCGCGGGCAGGAAGGAGCAGCUGCGACGCGCCCAGGCGCUACCGGAGAUGUAAUAAAGUUGGGCUCUCAACCG